AUGGAUCUUUGUAUCAGCUUUAGCAAAUCCAGAAACAGCAGAAGAAAGAUGUCUUCAUCCUACAACAACUCAAUUGCCUCAUCCUCCACUCAGUCCUUCCUCCUCUCAGGUGCUGCUGCUGCUGCUUCGGGUGUCGGAGCUACCAACUUCAACCGUGAUCAAGAGCCCCCGAUGACGAUGCUUCAACCACCACCCAACUCCACCGUUGCUCCACCACCCAAGAAGCGAAGGAACCAACCUGGAAACCCAAAUCCAGAUGCUGAAGUGAUAGCGUUAUCUCCAAAGACGAUAAUGGCGACCAACAGGUUCAUCUGUGAGGUGUGCAACAAAGGGUUUCAAAGGGAACAGAACCUGCAGCUUCAUAGGAGGGGACACAACCUCCCAUGGAAGCUGAAACAGAAGUCAAACAAAGAAGUGAGGAGGAAGGUGUACCUUUGUCCGGAGCCCUCGUGCGUCCACCAUGACCCCGCACGUGCUCUCGGAGACCUCACCGGAAUCAAGAAGCAUUACUACCGGAAGCACGGCGAGAAGAAGUGGAAAUGCGACAAGUGCUCUAAGCGCUACGCUGUUCAAUCCGAUUGGAAAGCUCACUCUAAGACUUGUGGUACCAAAGAGUAUCGAUGUGACUGUGGUACCAUCUUCUCUAGGAGAGACAGCUACAUCACCCACAGGGCCUUCUGCGAUGCUUUGAUUCAGGAGUCAGCAAGGAACCCUACCGUGAGCUUCACGGCUAUGGCAGCUGCUGGUGGUGGCGCCGGCAGACAUGGCUUUUUCGGCGGCGCUGCUUCUGCUCUCUCUCACAACCAUUUCGGUGGUACUUCAGCUUCUGGGUUUACCUCUCUAGCUGCAAGUUACAAUCUGAACCGUUCAUCGUCCGACAAGUUUGAAGAGUACGCUCCUCAGUCGGCUAACCCUAAUCCCGGUGGUCCUCCCAACUUCCUCAUGCAAUGCGCUGCGAACCAAGGACUGUUAGCGCAGAACGACCAGGGUCUCAUGAACCAGCAUGGUCUGAUGAACCUCGGUGAUCAUAACCUCAACAGCAACAACAACAACUUGUUCAACUUGGGAUACUUUCAAGACACUAAGAACCCUAACCAGACAAGUGUUCCUUCUCUUUUCACCGGUGGUGGUGCUGAUAACAACGAUUCUUCUGCUUUGCUAAGAGGGUUACCUCCUUCAUCUCCUUCAAGUGUCGUCGUCAAUGACUAUGGAGAUACUGGGAAUGGAAACCUUCAAGGUCUGAUCAUGAACACUCUAGCUGACUCGUCUGACCAUCAAAGCCGGUCCGGUAGCAUUUUUGACCUUCACUUCGGGAGCAAUCUUAGCAUGGGAGGCUCCGAUAGGUUGACUUUGGACUUUCUUGGCGUUAAUGGAGGUGGAAUGGUGAGCACCGUCAAUGGUCGUGGUGGUCGUAAUGGAGCUCCCCUGGACACUGAGAUGAAGUUUUCACACCCAAAUCAUCCAUUUGGGAAAGCUUGAAGAUGAUCGUAUAUGUUUGUAUAUACAGAUCAUCCAAAUCAUGAUCUUUCUGGGUUCUUUGGAGAUUCUAUUUUAAAGCUUUAAUUUCUUUCGUUUGCUAUUUUUGACUAUAUUAUUAAGGGUAAGGGGUUAGCUUUGGGGUUUUUUUCUUAUUUUGUAAUAUACUUUCCUUUAUAAGUUCUCUUUUAUAAUAUCAUGGGUGGGAGGCUCGAACAUGAGUUUUUCCUUAUAAUGAAAUAUAUAAUCUUCAACCAA